AUGGGCGUCUUGAACCUCAUACUUAUUACCGUAGACCAAGCCAAUCUGUGGGAAUCGGUUAAAACGUUUCUGCCUGCAACCUUCGUUCUGGUUCACAUCUUCUGCACUCUCGUCGGGCAACCUAAAUGCCUCAGAACGCGAUUGCGCUACCUUUCCGCGCCAUUCCGGAGUUUUCUAACCUUGGAAGACCUACUAGAUCCUGUAGACGACCAACCUCAUCCUACGGCCCUUCAGUCUCGUGUGUUGACCGCAUUGGCGACUGUUUCUGCUGCCGGCUGGUUGGCUCGUCUGGUUUUUACAAUCUGGAUUGGGGAGACACAAUAUGCUAUGAGAUGCCUGGUCUGUACCAUUUCAUGGGCAUGCGUUACCAUCGCAAUUGCCAUAAGACCCCCGCGAACUCCCCCUUACCUCUUAAUGGCCUUCGCAUCCUCCUUAUUGAUAGCGUCAUUGGUCGACAUUGUCUACAGCAUUCUCAUGCACAAGCAAGCCGCAGUAGAUUUCAUCGCAAUGAUAUUCCCCACAACGUUCGUGUGGGUUGCAGGAACUUUGCCUUUGAAGACAUACCGACCCACACUCAACGUUGCACAACCAAAAGAUAUGCCUUCCUCCGAUUUGUCAUGUCCAGAGGACGAUGUAAAUUUAUGGUCGUGGAGCGGAUUUACGUUCCUCAACCCUAUCCUCCUUCUUGCCUCUCAAAGGACCUUGAACGAAACAGAUGUUUGGACUUUGUCUCCAUUUUUUCGUCAUAAAAAUCUAUUCACAAAGUGCCUCCAUUAUCGAGCGCUGAACCCUACACACUCUUUGUUACGUUUUCUUGUAGCAUCAAAUUCCCUCGACCUCAUUCUUGACAUCUCGCUUGAAAUGUGGAGUGCCGUUGUUGGCUUCGUUCCCCCAUAUGCUUUAAAAGAAAUCCUGUCUGCACUCGCUGCCGAUACCCCCGAAGGAAAACGCGUUGCAUUUUACUGGACUCUGUUGACAUUUAUUGUCGACCUGUCAUUUGCCCAGGUAGAUCUUUUCCAAGGCUGGCAUGCGCGACGAUGUUACGAACGGACCAGAGGUCAACUCUUCUGUACGCUUCACUACAAGGCUCUCAAACGGCAAGAAAUAAGUGGUAGAAUCGACCACGAGAAGGGCAAGGAAUCCAAUGCCGACCUCGGAAAAAUCGUGAAUCUAAUGCAAGGUGAUUCGUACAUGGUAGCCCAGCGCUUUUGGGAUUUCUCAGCAAUCGCCACAUCUCCUGUGCGCAUCAUCAUCGCGCUUGUAUUCUUAUAUCAGAUCCUUGGUUGGAGCGCGCUUUCUGGAGUAAUAGUGGUUGUAAUUGCGUAUGUGCUCAACUAUCCUCUGGCAAAGUAUAACAUUUUUAUCACAAGGUCUGCAUGGAAAGCGAAAGAUACCCGAAUGAGCCUCGUAAAUGAGUUGUUGCAAAAUAUUCGGUUUUUGAAGUUUUAUGGCUGGGAAUAUCAAUGGGCUCGAAAUGUUCAGGAUGCCAGAGAAACUGAGCUCCGGUGGCGCAUCAAGGAAAACGUUGUCGAUACUUUGAUUUCUUUUAUAUGGAUAUGGAUGCCAUCUGCAACCGCCCUAACAUCUUUCCUUUGUUAUACCCUGAUCGCUAGAGAAAAACUUACAGUAUCUAAAGCUUUCACGUCUAUUGCAUUGUUUUCCCAACUUCAAGAACCCAUGGUCGCGCUUCCUGGACAAAUUUUUGCGAUUCUAAAUGCUUAUGUUUCCAUGCAACGUAUCGAAGAGUUUCUGGGAGAAGAUGAAGUUCCCAAAUGGGCUUCAACAUUGACUGCAACACCGACAGAACAGGGAUUCAAAGAAGUCAAGUUUUGUGACGCUACGUUCGAAUGGCAGAAGCGCAAACACCCUUCCGCGACCCCAUCACGUUUUCAGCUUGGGCCUUUGAAUCUUACCUUCCCUCAAGGAAGCUUGAGCCUCGUAAUCGGAGCCACUGGAUCGGGAAAAAGUGCACUUUUGGCGGCCCUCCUAGGCGAAAUGCACUGCAAGUCAGGACAGGUUUCAUUAGACAAAACUCUUCAUCAGGUUGCCUUCUGCGCCCAGGUCCCCUGGCUAGAACAUGCCACCAUUCGAGAUAAUAUAAUAUUCGGCUCACCUUUUGUAUUGGACCGAUAUGAUGCAGUUUUGGAUGCCUGCGCCCUUCGACCAGACCUAGCAGUUUUCGAUGCUGGGGACUUGACUGAAAUUGGAGAAAAGGGGAUCACGUUGUCUGGUGGCCAAAGAGCCCGGAUUGCUCUUGCAAGAGCAAUGUAUUCACAAGCAAAGUGCGUUCUUCUCGACGACCCGUUAGCUUCGGUGGACAUGCACACUGCUCAGCACCUUGUUGAACAUUGCCUCAAUGGCAAUCUUGUUCGUGGCCGAACUAUCAUUCUUGUUACGCACCACAUUGCCCUUUGUUUGCCAACAGCGUCGUACCUUGUCGAAAUUGAGCAAGGAAGAGUUAUCCGCCAAGGGUCUAUCCAAGAGUUGAAGGAUCAAGGAAUUUUCAGCGCUGUCGCUCAAAUCCAGGAGAACAGUCCGUCUCUGGAACACAGCGAUCCCCGUCCUAAGCAGAAUGAAGCCGAUGUAUUAGGGAUGGACGAUAAAUCUAAACUGUGCCGUCAGCCAACCGACGGUAAACUUAUCGAGGCGGAAGCUCGCGCAGAAGGUCGUGUCUCUGCCCACACCUAUAUGACAUACAUUCGAGCAGCCGGGUUGUUGCCUUGGCUUAUUACGAUCUCCCUUCUUCUGCUUAUUCGGUUUAUCAACAUCGGGAAUCAAUUUUUUCUAGCAAAGUGGGGAGAGGCUUAUCAGAAUGGUUUACCUGCCUUGACGGUCACCGCAUUCUCUGGCUAUCCUUGGACGGGCCUACCCUCGCCCGACGUUGAUGUCAAACCUUGGCUGCGAAUUUAUCUAUAUAUCUCUACAGCUGGUGCCUUCUCGGUAUUCUUCUACAUUGCUGUGGGAUACUAUGCCAGUUUACAGGCUUCUCGGUCAUUGUUUGUUUCUCUUCUCCGAAGACUGACGAGAGCACCCAGCCGUUUCUUCGAUGUGACACCCAUCGGAAGAAUUCUAAAUCGCUUUACUACGGAUAUCAAUUGUAUUGAUGGUGCUCUCCAAAAUUCUGCUCGAAAUUGUCUCUCUGGCAUUCUGAACUUUGUUGCGUCCUUCUUGGUCAUAUUAUACGUUGUGCCUUCCUUCGCGCCUUUUGCACUCUUUAUUGGCUGGUUAUACGUCAGACUGGCUCCACCGUAUAUCAACGCUUCGAGAGACCUCCGAAGACUCGAAUCGAUCUCGUUGUCUCCGGCAUUCGCUGGCUUUGAUGAACUGCUACGAGGGAUUACACAUAUCCGAGCCUUUGGAAUGGAGGACCGAUAUCAAAACCGCUUUUAUUUGAGGGUCGAUAAGUUUCAAUGUUAUGAUCAUAUUUACUGGCUUGUCAAUGGGUGGUUGAGAUGGAGAUAUGACUGUUUGGGCUCGGUCGUUGUAUUUGCCGCAACUAUGUUUGCAUUAUGGCGAGGCGUCUCGAACGGCUCAGCAGCAAUCGUCAUAGUUCAAGCGGGUAUCUUUGCCGAAGCCAGUCGACAGCUUGUCAGGGUCGCUGCUCAGUUAGAACUAGAUUUCAACAGCGUCGAGCGGGUUACGGAGUACCUCAACAUUCCACAGGAAGCCCCCGCAAUUAUCGAGAAAUGUAGGCCACCUGCAUAUUGGCCUUCAAGUAAUGGACAGCUGGUGGUGGAAGAUUUGGUUGUGAAAUAUGCGCCUCAUCUUCCACCGGUUCUACGAAACUUGACGUUCACCGUGGAAGCUAGGGAGAAAAUUGGUGUGGUGGGAAGGACAGGUUCUGGGAAAUCAACUCUAGCAAUGUCCCUCCUCCGCAUGGUUGAGCCCACUGCUGGCACGAUAUCUAUAGAUGGAAUUGAUAUAUCAACCCUGGGCCUUGAAGAUCUCCGAACUCGAGUGACAAUUCUCAGCCAGGACGUCUCCUUAUUUUCUGGGACGAUCCAAAGCAAUCUCGAUCCACUUGGGCAUUGCACUCCAGAGGAAUGUAUGGUCGUCCUUGAGCGGUGUCAUUUGACGAAUAUCCUGAACCACACACCCACCGCCGAUGAGCCCACGAUUUUGGACAUGAGGGUGAACCAUGGAUCUUUGAGCGCAGGAGAAAAGCAACUGCUUGCUGUAGCUCGUGCGACGCUGAGAAGAACCAACAUCAUCAUUUUGGAUGAAGCGACAUCUCAAGUAGACUCGCUUCUCGACGACCAGAUCCAAAAGACGAUUCGAGAAGAACUAUCUGAUGCGAUUGUUAUAACCAUCGCACAUCGAUUGAAGACUGUCAUGGAUUACGACCGCAUCUUGGUUUUGGAUGACGGAAAUAUUGUAGAAUUCGGAGAUCCUCGCUCGUUGCUGAGAGUUCCGAGCGGUGCAUUUAGAGAGAUGUGUAGGAAAAGCGCGGACUGGCUGAUGUUUGAAAAGUUGAUAGAGCCAUAG